UGCGGGACCCCUCACGAAUCUGCUGCGAAAAGAUCAGCCGUUGAUCUGGACGCCGGAAUGCGAUCAAGCGUUUUCCAAACUCAAGGCCGCUCUCAUUUCGGCUCCGGUCCUUGUAAGACCGGAUCCCGAAAAGCCUUUGUUCUCAUCACUGACUGGCAGCCAGAGGCAAUUUCGGCAAUCCUUGCCCAGAUGGGACCAAGCGGACUCGAGAGUGUGGUGGAGUAUGCGUCCAAAUCGGUGCCCGCUUGCAAGCGCAACUACGCCGCUCCAACGGGGGAAUUCUACGCGGCUCUCUGGGGAAUCAGCCACUUUCGCGCUUACCUGUACGGGCGAAAGUUCACCUUGGUAACUGAUCAUGAGCCCCUGUUGGCUCUGAAGAAAUCGACGGAUUACUCGGGCAUGAUCGGGCGAUGGGCAAUGGUGCUGCAGAGCAUGGACUUUGACAUUCGUCAUCGGAAGCACGAGAGACACGGGAAUGCGGACGGACUGACACGACUGCACCGGCCUAAGAAAGUUUCGAAGGGUGAGGAGGUGAUUCCGUGGAACGAACCCGAACAAGAGAUCGGACCUCGGUACGGCGAAGUGGAGAUCCUGUCGAAGCCAACGAGCUACGUCACCACGGUCGCGGCGUUCAGCGGCGACAUCAGCUCGGUCAAUCCGCAAAGGCAUAUCGCGAUCUUGACUUCACUGCGCGAGUGGACGGAGCAGGUGUCCAACGUGUGGCAGCACGUUCUCGCCCGACCUGGGCACAAUCUCAUCUCGAUCUUUGCGCCGGAUCUUGGCGACAUCCGCCGUGACGUGGACGCAGACCAGCGAGCAUCCUGCGUGGAUCGAAAAUCCGGAGCUGCUGAUCAUCCAAGCUUGGAAGCUUGGAGGACUAACGUGGAGGGCGAUCUUCUUGGCUUUCUCUUUGGAUCGGUAUGGCUGGGGCGCCGCCAGUGGAUUGCGCAGGAGCUCAUCGCGCCGAUCGUGCAAUUAGCGGACGAUCUCUCGCCCGACAUCUAUUCACAGAGUGACGACAAUCCUGCUCUGCACGUUAUCGAGCGGUCAUUGGAUCCGUACCUUCAGUGGACUGCGUUUUUGGAGGAGCCCAGGGAUGAAGAUACGCUGCCGUCGCGGCAGGAGUAUCUGAAGCCGUACGAUAUCAUCCCUCACGCCUUUUAUCCGAGGGCGAAGGAAGUGGUGAUCGACGACGACGACGAAGAGGACGAAGACGAGGAAACAUCGGGGGAGGGAAGCUAUAGCGAAUAUAACGAGGAAGAGCUGAGUGAAGAAGAAGAGGAGGAAGAAGAAAUCGGAUCUGAGUGGGAAGCCUUGCUGGAGGAAGCGACGCGCACGGGAACGGAGGUGGAAGAUCCGGAAGCGGCGCGAAAGCGCGAAGAAAUUGCCACCGGGAAGCGCCAGCUGGAGUUCGCCACCGAAGCCAGCCUGCGCAUCGGCAACGAUCCGACCAGAGAUCCGGAGCCGCCAAAGCCCGAAGAUGGCGACCCUGCAGCCGCCACCACAAGUACCGCGCGACGGAGAUGGAGCCGAUCCCCCUCCUCCCCCAGCCUUACCCGUCCCUCAGUUCGCCCAUGUACAGAUGCGGGCGAUAGGCCUUCAUCCUCGGACGCUAUCCCGCCGACCCCUUGAUUUCCUCACCCUCGAGCAGAUCCGCACCCCCGUCACCUUCCCUCCCCAUC